AUGUCCGGCAUUGGCGGCAUGCUCGUUUCAGGCAUGGCCAUGGGGACAGGCUCUGCCCUCGGUCAUCGCGCUGUGGAUGCCGUUCUCGGCUCCCGGCACCCGGAGCCCGCUGCGGCGACAGAGGCCGCCCAGCAGCUCGUGGCAGAGAAGGCUCCCUGCUCCGAGCAAGCCAAGGCCUUUGCAGACUGCAUGAGCUGGGCCAGCGGCGACAUGGGGGCUUGCCAGCAGUAUUUUGAUGCCAUGCAGCAGUGCCGCCUGAAUGUUGCUUGA